GAGCCGGCCAAUGCUAAUGAGCGGAGCAGCCCGGAGGAACUUCAUUCCCCGUCUCAGUGUCAGGAUCGCAGAAAUUAUGCCCCUUCUGUCACCAUGAACUGGCUCUCCAGUUCCCAGGGAGUUGUCCUCACUGCCUACCACCCCAGCGGCAAGGACCAGGCCGUGGGGGGGGACCAUGGCCAGGGAGGGGAGGAAGCCACCGCAAGCCGCAAAUAUGGUCAGUACACCAUGAACCAGGAAAUCACCAAAGUUCCCGAAAAACCGCCAUUUGAUCGAUCAAGCUCUCAGGAUUCUUUGGAUGAACUAUCUAUGGAGCCCUAUUGGAUGGAAAUAGAAAAUAUUGAGAAAUCAAGUGAGAACAGACAAGCUCAAGAAGUGGUCGUUGUCAAAGAACCUGAUGAGGGAGAACUGGAAGAAGAGUGGCUUAAGGAGGCUGGUUUGUCCAAUCUCUUCGGAGAGUCUUCUGGAGAUUCCCAAGAAAGCAUGGUGUUUUUGUCAACACUGACCCGGACCCAAGCAGCUGCUGUUCAGAAACGAGUAGAGACAGUCUCCCAGACCUUGAGGAAAAAAAACAAACAGUACCAGAUUCCUGACGUCAGAGACAUAUUUGCUCAACAGAGAGAGUCAAAAGAAAAAGUUCCAGAUGGCAUCGACUCACAGUCAGUCAGAACAAAUGAAAAUAAAUAUCAAGGAAAAGAUGACCAGGCAUCUAGCCUAGUUGUGGGUGAAAAAGAGCUGAUUCCCCUGGUUCCUGAAGAGGCACCUGCCUCUGAAACCAAUAUCAACCUGGAUGUAUCGUUUGCAGAGCAAGCCGUCAAUCAGAAAGAGAGCUCCAAGGAGAAGGCCCAGAAGAGCAAAGACUGUGAUGCUCCGUUAUCUAAUUUCAGAUGCCCAAAAGACAAAACAGGCAUCACCAGGAUUGGUGACCUAGCACCCCAGGACAUGAAGAAAGUUUGCCGUUUAGCCCUCAUUGAGCUGACUGCCCUCUAUGAUGUUUUGGGUAUUGAAUUGAAGCAACAAAAAGCUGUGAAAAUCAAAACAAAAGAUUCCGGCCUUUUUUGUAUUCCGUUGACAGUGUUGUUAGAACAAGAUCAGAGGAAAGUACCAGGAACUCGAAUACCCUUGAUAUUUCAAAAACUGAUUUCCCGAAUUGAAGAGGGAGGUUUGGAAACCGAAGGCCUCUUGAGAAUACCUGGAGCCGCUGGUAGAAUCAAGGUAAUCUCUUGGUUCUACUCCUGUCACCCUUUAUUGUUCAAUUACGC